UCUGCACAUGACUUCACCUGAUUCAAACAAUGUGGUUAAACAACAAGACGACAAGCCUAGCAAAACAUGCUUUGCAGCAGCGUGCACUAUGCAGUACGCAGCUAUUCGGAGCCAAAGAAAAGAAGUGUGUUUAUAAAUCGCUCUCUGUUGUUGAUGUUGUUAUCGUUGAAUAGGCAGUUGAUAUGAGCUAAUUCUUUUAAUUAACUUUAUCAGCCGUUAAUUAAACCCUAUAAAACUAACUGCGUCUUUCUAAGACAUACACAAGCAAGGAACUUUGGAAUUACAUGUAAACGUCAAGAAAAUUAUGAACAAAUACUAGCUCUGAACACAGGAUGAACUGGAUUACUGCAGAUUAACGAUAAUCUCAAUAAUUGGCUUGGCAAUUAUUAUUUUUUUUUAACUACCUUUUUUUUUUUCUUCCUAUCUGCGGAAAAGAUGCUGGGUGACAACGAAGGCCUCUCAUUGGAUAACGACAACUAUCUGCAAAAUUGGAAAGAAAAACGACGGUCAAAGAAGAAAGAGUUACCUGUUACCUUGACAGAAGAGGAAAAGGAGGAGGUGAAGAAAGCAAAGACAAUGCUCACAGAGAGAGGAGGAGGUAAUGUCAGGGGAGUGGGAAAAGAAGAGGCUGUAUUAAGUAUUGGAGGUGUCGCAAUGAAGGAAUCAAGAAGAUGGAGUGUACAGGGUUUGGGAGGAAAAUUUGGUUUAGAAAAAGAGGCUGCCGCUUCCAAAGAGUCAGAAUUAGAGAGGGUUUUUAGAAGACGGGGAAGUGAUUUAAAGGGUGUGAAUUCUAUGCUACAGCAACAAGAACAAGAGAAACAUAAUGAGGCACUCCGACGACAACAGAGGUCUCGGUCAUUGAUCGGUUCUCUAAAGUACCAUGACAAUGAUAAAAAAGCCGAAGAUGACAAAGGCAAAGCUGAUGGUGGUGGUGGUGGUGGUGGUGGUAGUGGUGAUGAUGGUGGUAACCAAGGGGAGCACGGUGGAGACGACGAGAAAGAUGAAAAAAAUAAGGAUCAGAACACACUGCUUGAUCCCCUUCAUUGUCGACCUGGCCACCACGAAGGGGAUAACCACAACAUCAACAAAGACAACAGCAACAAGAACAAUGUAACCCUCCCCAGACCUCGUUCUCGCAGCCAUCAAGAAGCUCAUCGGUUGUCUACAGGUGAAUGUCUUAAACAAGCUCCUCAGACAAGGGUUUAUGGAAGUGGAACUAAGGAAGAGGAGAAGGAGAGGAUAGGAAAAAUAGAUAAAGAGAAGGAAGAGAAGGAGAGGGUAAGAAAAAUAGAGAAAGAGAAGGAGAGGGUAGGAAAAAUAGACAAAGAGAAGGAGAGGGUAGGAAAAAUAGACAAAGAGAAGAAAGAGAAGGUGGACAUCCCGGAGGUAGGGAAGAGGAAGAAUAGUUAUGGUGAUAGUAGGAGUAGGGUGAGAAGAGAGAGUAACGACGAUGGUGUGAGCAACAGAAAGGAGAAGUCUCAGAAGGGUGAGGGUAAGAGUGAGAGGAGGGACGAAGGUGAGAAGGAAGGCAAAGAGAAAGUGAAGGAGGUGAAGCAGGAGGGAAGAGGUGUCGGGGAGGAUAAGACCGACAGGUUGAGCGGCUUGAGUGAGCCGUGUGCAGCUGGGGAUAAUCCUAAGACUUCUGCAUCAUGCACUGACAGCAACGCACCUUUAGUUGCUGCUGCUGCUGCUACUGCUGCUAGCAGUGUUGAUAAAAAGUUAACACAGCCUUCACAGACUACUGCUGCUGCUACUACUACUACUACUACUACUACUACAACUACUACUACUGAUACUGCUAAUAUUACCACCACCACUGUUAAAGCUCUUACUUCUACUGCUUCAGCUGAAGCUAAAGCUGCUCGUCCUGUUGCUGUCCGAAGAUCACAGCGACUAACAACAACAACAACAGCAGCAGCAACAACAACAUCAAAAGCAUCAUCAGCAGCAGCAGUCGCUGCAGAAGUAUCUAGUAAGUUUAAGCGACCCCAGAGCUCGUUUUCUCCAUCAUCGUUAUCAUCAUCAUCAUCAUCAGUUUCUGGAUCUUCUCCUGUCUUCCAACCACUUAAAAGACCACUGUCUUUGGCUCAAACUUCGUACCCAUUGCCAGCUUCACCGUCCAAACUUCUAGCGAACACAACAACGACGACGACCACCACCACCACUGCCACCAACCCUAUUUCAACUUCAACAUCGGAUAGUUCCUCUUCUGCUGUUUCUCCUUUGUCUUCACUUCUGUCUUCUUCCUCAUCCUCAUCUUCACUAACCAGACCACUGAGAGUAACUGCACCAACAUCCGGCCUUCUGCCUCUGGCAUUGAAACCUCGCCUUGGCCUUACAAAUUCAGAACCACAGACAGAUCAGAAUACAGCUCCGGCUCCAGAGCCAAAUAAGUCCCAGGAAGUUGCCUCCACCGUUCCCAACAUUUCAGAAGAGGUUGUCACUAAAGUUAACAGUUGCAAAAACAACAACCAGAUACCACAACAAUGCCUGGAAUCAGCUCUUAGCAAAAGUGAAUCUGACUCCAAAGAAACCAAAAUUAGUAUAGAACCUCCAAGUGAUUCUGGACUGGACACAGGAAUAAAACCACUUGUAAGUCCCAAUUCAGAUCUUGACCAAACUGAUUUUAGUCAGUCAGAUGACCACAAUGAGGAGACGGAUACAUUCUCUGACAUUUUGACCUCGAGCUUGAGGAAGUUAUAUUUCAACUCGGAACUCAGCAAGAGUGGUUCAGAUAUAUAUGGCAUCAUGAAGCAGGUGCCAAAUGAGAAAGCGAUGUCAGAAUCUGACCUUUCUGCGAUCAAAGUCACCCGAACAUUGACCAAUGAAACCGCCCGACAUAAGCUUCUACUCCGCAGGAAGAGUUCCCUGGCUCGACGCCAGAGGCCUUCACGUGCAAAAAAACGACCAGACAGUGAGAGUGAUUCUGACAACAGCCGACCUAAUUCAGGAGAUGGCAGUCAGGAUCAGCCGCUAUCAUUCAACCCUCAAAUGAAAAACGUCCAUGAAAAUGACACAGAAAGUUCUAUUGAAAAGGUCCCUGAAAAGAUCACUGAUUACCUUCCAAAGGUGUCUGAUAAAUAUGGAGAUCCCGGAUUACAACUGAAAAGGGAAAAGAAUUUGGAGAACGAAGCUGUGUUUGGCACCCAGUCUUCCGUUCGCUCAAGAAACUUGUACAACAACGACAGCGACAAAAAUACUGAACCAAACAAUUACAUCAAUGAGACAAACCCACAGACAGAAAAAUCGUUAUCUUCCAAGCGAAUCAUUGAAACACCUGAACCAUUAGAGCAAUCACCAGAAGAGCUUUCUCCUCCACCAUUAUUGUCUUCACCACCGUUAUCUUCACCAGAGCUGUUCUCAUCACCAGCACCAGUACCGGAAUCGGUUGAGCCCCAAGUGCCUUUGAGAAGGUUCAAGCCUCCACAUUUACGUAAAGGAGCAAACAAGAAUAACACCGAAAAUGCCCUUGACGAGAACGUCGACAAAAACUGGCAAAACAGCCUGAACGAACUGAAUACAAGAAUAAGCCGAAAGGGUACCUCAAAUGGAAAUUUGACUGAAUCUUCUAAAGGUCCAAGAAUUUUGAGAACGAAAUCAAGUAUUGAAAGACAAAUUUAUAAGAAUUUGGUAGAACCGGAAGCAUUGAAUGAAAAGGAAUUGUCAAAGACAGAAGAUGACUCUUCUGUAAAUGACAAAAGUGAAAAUCUUUUCAUUGAAGAUUACAAAAAACCAAAAUCAAUUUCUGAAAGUAAUUAUUCCUUUGAUGUAAAAUCUGUUCUUCGAAAGGUUCCCGAGAAUGCAAAAGAAAAGUCUCCAAGAGAUAACAGUUUGUCUCUGAAAGCACCAUUAUUUAAGAAUCUAGAAUCAAGGCGAUCGACUUCUUUUGUUCAUCUUGAAAAAAAAUCUGAUACCAAAGUUCAGAAAGACCCACCUUGGCUCAAAGAUUUCUCUGGAAAAACAGUUGGUCGCAUUUUUUCCAAGUUUGACUGUGUGAAAUCUCCAACAGAGAAAGAAUCUGAUAAAGAGCAAACUCCGAAAAGCGAGGAAACAUACCAAACUCCAAGAAACAACAUUAACGGUGCCGAAAUCAGUAAGACCAGGCCAUCCAGUUUGUUCACAAGUUCUUCCACUCCACUGAAAGACAGAAAUAAAACCCCCCUUUCAUCGGAAAACAAGAAACCUGUGAUAAAUAAGGAAGGGAAAAGACUAUCCUCCUCAUCAUCAUUAUCGUCAUCUUCAUUGCAGAAACACACAAUUGAUGAUAACAAGACUGAGUCGAAACUGAAUGAGAGCAGGUCUACACCAACAACAUACCGGUGUAAGAGUCAAGAAUCAGAUAUAAUCUCACAACAGCGGAAGUCAGUGUCAAGCAUCCAGAACUCGCCCUACUCAGUUUCAAGUAUUUCUGACGCUGUUCCAGACUGGAAGAAGAAAUUGGCUGAGAAAAACAAGGUUAAAAGAGAAUCAUUCCAAAACAUCAAGAAUUUUAAUUCUUAUAAAAAAUACUUUACACUUAAUAUUUCCAAGAUCAAAAACCAUAAAUGGACUAACAAGAACUAUACCAUUCCGACAAUAAAAUCCCAAACGCGACAACAACACCAACAAAAACAAUCCCUGUCAUCGAUAUUGUCUCCUUCAAGAACAACUCCUAUAGCAGCAGUGGCAACAGCGACAACAUCAACAACAGCGGCUGCAAUUGUAACUGCGACAACCACAGCGACCAUUAUUGGGACGGUUGCGGCAUCGACUGCCAUUGCAGAAAUAACAACGUCACCAAAUAAAGAUAGUUUUGAAGAAUGUGGCAUUGAUACUAACAACAGCAACAACAAUAUUUAUUACCAGAACAACAACAACAACACCUAUAGCAACAACAACAACAACAGCAGCAGCAGCAGUCAGACCAACAACUACAACAUCAAUAACUGCAACUACUACCACAACGAUUACUACGAGAGCUACCCAAACCAGAACGAGUAUAACAACGUCAAUAAUUCUAGUAACUAUAGCAACGAAUAUCUCCAGUGGGAGCUUCAGCAAAACAAUAUGUAUAAUCCGAAUGAUAACUUUUAUCCUAAUAUGGGUCCUUAUCCGACCCCAUCAGUUUCUAUGCCAAAUAUGACAGAUGAGAGUUACCAGUCAUGGUAUCAAGGCCAACCCCCACAAAACUACUACAAUGGUUAUUACCAAAGUUAUCCCAUGUACAAUGCGCAACAAGGCUGUCCAACUGAUGUUUCUUAUUCUAUGCCUCAUAUUGCACACACAGCUUCUUUUGAUGGUCAGAUUUAUGACCAGCCAAGAUAUGACCCUAAUUAUCCACCGUUGACUUCGCAAUCAUUCGAUUCAUUUGUUUAUCCUGACGAGAAAACCGUUGAUAGUCCAAGAACCCCAAAAAUUAGUCCCAAACCAUCUCCUAAAUCGAGUCCCAAACCAACUCCCAGAUCGAGUCCUUCAAAUCGAAGUGUCAACAAUUUAGAGUGCCACAGUGGUGACAGUGGCUCAGCAUCUCCAGUUCGAAACUCUGCUCGAUUUGUUAAAGUCCUUCCCUCAACUCUCGGUAUUGAUUCACCAAUUAGUAAACCUAAACUGAGAGGUCGUAAACAACCGGUUUCAACACCAGACACAAGUCCUCAAAAGCCCUCUUGUCCCAUGUAUUCUUUGAGUAAUGCAGAAAGCCAGCACGAUUUGCCUGGUGCAACAAAGACCAAACAGUCAAACAAAUCUCUAUAUGUGCGUGUAUUGCCAGCACCUAUACUAUCAGAGAAAAAGUUAAGUCCUAAGAAGAUUAAAGAAUUUACUGAUUUAUCUCCUCAGUCAAGUCCAGUAAAUCACAUUCCAAAGACUUCAAACCUUAAUAAGAAACAUUCAGAUCACUCCAGCCCCGAGAUGAAAUAUUUCUCUAAAAAAUUCUUCAACAAGAAAACUGAAAAUAUAUCUAGUGAUUCUGAUCUGACGCCAGAACACAAAGAGAAAAGGCCUAAAUCAAAGCGUUACCGAUUAAAAUUUCCUGUUAGUCCGAAAUUCUCACCAUUUAAGAACAAAAAAUCAAAGAGUCUAUCAAGUAAAUCCAAAUCCAGUUCAGAGAACAGUCCUGUGCAGAGUGAUGGAGUCACUGAUGACAGCAAUGAAGUUGAUGAGGAUGAUGCCAAGGAGGAAGCCACCAAGCAACAAGCGAAAGGCCCUUAUUACCAGAUCUUGCGGAGCCCACUGAAAAACAAGAGUAUUAGACCAAACCUAGAGCGGUCUUAUACUGUUCCAGUGAUGGAUACAACAAAUGAUGAGGAAUUUUUAAAUCGAUUGGACAUUAACGAUAACAGCUCGGACAGCGAAGUUAGCACUGAGAAAGUGAAUCGAUCUUUUGUCCGUACCCGUCGGGUUGAUGACAUAAGCCAGAACAAGAUAGAAGAUGCCUCCACAGUACAGCCCGCUUGGCGGCAAAAACUUGCCAAUAAAAACAGGAGCUCCCAGAGUAUUGAGCAAUCAGAUAAGAAAGUGUCUGAGAAACCUGAGUGGAUUAGAAAAGCAGAAGAGAGAAGAGCUCGUGCAUCACUUUAA